UCCACAUUAUAGUAUUGGAGGCUUGGCUCGUAUAGCGUUUGUAGAGAAAGAGCGUUUAAUUCAGAGACGCCCUAGAUUCUAAGCUUAUACAACUCUUUCUGUUAUUAUCAAAAUUAUGGAUCUGUUCGCAUACUGGAUCUUAUUAAUUUGCAACACAUUCGUGUCUAGUGAGACAUCAGCGUUAAUUGUCUCCUCUGUUCUGACUUCCCCCUUUCUGAUGGAAGAGAAAGAAAGUAACGGGAGUGUAAAUAAGACAUAUCGUGGUUAUAUUAUAGACCUGUUAGAGGAGCUGAAGAAAAAAGUGGACUUUGAUUAUGAUAUCGAAAUCUCGCCUGACGGGACCUUCGGACGAGAGUUAACACCAGGGAACUGGAGUGGCACAAUAAAUGAAGUUAUACAAAAGAGAGUAGCCCUUGCCGCUGGUCCAUUUACAGUAACUUCUAAGCGAGCACGUGUUGUCGAUUUUUCAACUCCUUUUCUGACCACAUCUUUUGGAAUAGUUCUAAGGCAACCAAACAAAGCUGAAGAAUCAAUUGGCCAUCGUCUGCUGAGAGUUUGGGACCCUUUAAAUCCUAGUGUAUGGAUGCUGAUUUUUAUAUCAUUUGUUGUUACCAGCACACUUCUAUAUGUGGUGUCUUAUUUUAAUCCUUAUGAAUGGCGGAGGAUGUCACGUGAUGGCGAGGCCUCACUCCGGGAGGGAGAGUCAUUCACGUGUAUGAACAGUUUCUGGUUUGUGAUGAGUGCUUUAAUGUGGCAAGGUUAUACGCGAGCCCCUCGUUCCAUCGGUGGCAGAAUAAUCGUUAUGUUUUGGUGGUUAUUUGUUGUCAUUUCUGUUUCCUGUUAUAUUGCAAAUUUGUCAAAUUUGCUGAGAAUUGAACCGAAUACAGAACACACAGAAAGGAUGAUAAGAGUGAAAAACCUCAAAGAUCUUGCAAACAGUGACAUUCCGUACCUAAUAACCAAAGGAGGGGCCAUGGAAGAAUUCAUUUUAAAUUCAAAUGCGAGGAUAGCACAACAUCUUAGAUCGAAAAAAUACAAAACAGUCUCAUCCAUCAAAGAAGGGUUAGAAAAAGUCAGUAAAGAGCCCACACAAGCUCUAGCUUUACUUGGAGAAUCAAUGAUGAUAAAAUAUUACUUGAGAACGUAUUCCUGUAAACUUUAUAUCGUUGAGGAUCCCUCUGUAUAUAGACACUUUGCCUUUGCUUUUCCAAAAGACUCUUUAGAUAAGCGAAGAAUUAAUGUAGCAAUAUCGACUAUUGAUGAGCUGGGUUAUCUAAACGAUAUGAACGAACAUUGGUUUUCUACAUCCUGUCGAGGAAUAGUGUUCGAUGAUAGUCGGCCUGAAUUGUACGAAAUUCCGAAAUUUUUCGUGCUAGAUGUUGGCCAUUUUUCCGGAGCCAUGGUGGCAUUAGCCAUUGGACUGGUGUUUGGUAGUUUAGUAACUAUCAUUGAGUAUCUUAUAUAUAAGUAUGCUGAGGAGCCAGAAAAGGAGAAAACAAAGACUAAACAAGUUCAACAGAGUGGCGAAACCGGUUCUGAGUUUCAGCCUUCCGACAGGUUGUUGACCGGAAAUAAAUCUACGACAACAGUGUAAAAAAUUUACUGAUUGAUAAAACCAACUUUAGAUUUUCCAGCUUUAAUGUUCUGUCAUUAGCUUAUUAUAAGUUUUGCAUUGCUUUAUUAUGAAGUUUCAUUCCAGAGUUAUAUUUUUCUUUUUCUUUUGAAUAAUGCCUUAGAAUAUGUUUUAUAAUGUCAUUCUUUUUCACGAUUAAGUUCUCAUAUUUAACAUUUAAGUUUAUCAAUAACCUCUGGUGUGAGAAACAUUAAGUCAUGACCAUGAGGAUUAAUUUUGAUGAAGAAAAUUACUUGUACAUCAUUUUAAUUACGGUAUUUGCUCAUCACUUUAAUGCUUCGAUUCUUUUUUUAUUCCUAUUCUAGAAUUGUUUUAUUACUACAUUCUCUAACUGUGUCCUCUGAUUGUAUCAUCUGAUAUGGAUCUUUUAUUUGUUCAUAAAAACUUCUCCACAAAA